AUCUGCAAGAAAAAAGGAUGAUUCUGUAAAAUUAUGGAGAGAAACUUUGGAUGGUAUAAGCUUUGUAGGUGUUGCAUUAAAGGAUGCAAGUGGGAUACCAAGAUACUUUCAUUUAAGCCAAGCAGAAAUACCUUUCACAAAAAAUACCCAUGGCGUGUAG